UUUAAGAUAUUUAAUAUAUGUAAUUGAAAUAAUUGAAACACUCUAAGAUAAUGUGGCUGACUCCAACUCCAUUUUGAACCAAAAUGGAAGCUUCAAUAGUCCCUUGUCCUCAACUCCCUACCCCUCCGCUUCAGUUCGAACCAAAAACUGAAAACAUCAAAAGAAAGCUCCUACGGAAAGGCGUUUACCCAACUCCCAAAAUUGUUCGAACUCUUAGGAAAAGGGAAAUUCAAAAGCAUAACCGCAAAAGCAAACAAUCCCAAUCCGAAACGCCGCCGCUGACCGCUUCCCAGCUCGAAGCUCUGGCCGAAGAAUCCCACUUUUUAACCCUGAAACGCGAGUACAAACGCUUCUCCAAAGCGCUCAACGCCAACAAGGAGCCCCAGAGUCCUUCCUUGGUGGGAAAACCAUGGGAGAGAAUCGAAGCAGCCAAGCUUCGGGAGUUCGUUUCCAAAAACGAAGACUUCCAUGGAGAGACAUUGAAGAGAGAGAACCUUGUGGAACUCCGAGAAAUGUUCGAGAAGGACCUCCGGUGGGUCCUGGAGGAUGAUGUCGACGUGGAAGACGAUGACUGGCUGUUACCGAGUAAAAAGCCGAUCCUUGAUCGGGACCCUUCAAAACGGUGGCGCAACGAGAAAGAAGCCAUUCGUUUUCUCGUUGAUAGGUUAAGUGAGAGAGAGAUAACUGAAAAGCAUUGGAAAUUUGUGAGGAUAAUGAAGCAAUCAGGGCUGCAAUUUACAGAGUGGCAGUUACUUAGGAUUGUUGAAGGACUUGGAAAGAACGGGAAAUGGAGGCAGGCGAUGGCCGUCGUCCAAUGGUUGUACGGAAAUAAGGAGCGUAAAGAUUUUAAAAGCAGGUUUGUUUACACAAAACUGUUGUCAGUUCUUGGGAAGGCGAGAAGGCCUCAAGAAGCUCUCCGGGUUUUCAAUCUGAUGCUUGGAAACUGCCAUAUAUAUCCUGAUUUAGCUGCAUAUCACAGUAUUGCUGUUACAUUGGGGCAAGCUGGUCUUUUGAAGGAACUGCUGAACAUAAUUGAGUGCAUGAGGCAGAAACCUUCAAAAAGAAUUAAAAAUAUGCGCCGCAAGAACUGGGAUCCAGUGCUUGAACCUGAUCUGGUUGUAUAUAAUGCUGUUCUGAAUGCUUGUGUCCCACUGCAACAGUGGAAGGGUGUUUCCUGGGUGUUUCAACAGUUGAGAAAGAGUGGUCUGAGACCUAAUGGAGCAACAUAUGGGAUUGCAAUGGAGGUGAUGCUGCAAUCUGGAAAGUAUGAUCUGGUCCAUGAGUUUUUUGAAAAAAUGAAAAGAAGCGGAGAAGUUCCAAGAGCACUUACAUACAGAGUUCUUGUCAAAGCUUUUUGGGAGGAAGGAAAGAUUAAUGAAGCUGUGGAAGCAGUCCAGGAUAUGGAACAGAGGGGAUUAAUUGGAACGCCCAGUGUCUAUUAUGAGCUAGCUUGCUGCCUUUGUGAAAAUGGGAGGUGGCAAGAUGCUAUGAUAGAGGUGGAGAAGAUGAAAAAACUCUCUGAUAGGAAACCUUUGGAGAUUACCUUUACUGGUCUGAUAAUGGCUUCCAUGGAUGGUGGACAUGUUAAUGAUUGCAUUUCCAUAUUUCAAUACAUGAAAGACCAUUGUGCACCCAACAUAGGAACCAUAAAUGCAAUGCUUAAAUUGUAUGGCCAGAAUGAUAUGUUUUCUAAAGCCAAAGAGUUGUUUGAAGAAAUCAACAAAGCCAAAUCUGGCCCUUAUGAUUCCCUGAAUGGCAAGUUUACUAGCCUUAUCCCAGAUGGGUUCACGUAUAGCUUAAUGCUGGAGGCAUCUGCUAGUGCACACCAAUGGGAAUAUUUUGAGUAUGUCUACAAGGAGAUGUCUCUCUCUGGAUAUCAGCUAGAUCAAACUAAGCAUGCAAUUCUACUUGUGGAAGCAUCCAGAGCUGGGAAGUGGUAUCUAUUAGAGCAUGCAUUUGAAAACUUUUUGGAAGGUGGAGAGAUUCCCCAUCCUCUGUUCUUCACUGAGAUGUUAAUUCAAGCUAUUUCUCGAAGUAAUUAUGAGAAGGCUGUCACCCUGGUCAACGCCAUGGCUCAUGCCCCAUUUCAAGUCAGUGAAAAGCAGUGGACUGAGCUUUUUGGGAAAAGUAGAGACAGGAUUACUCACUGUAGUUUAGCGAAACUGUUGGAUGCACUCUCCCAUUGUGAAUUAUCAUCCGAAAUCACAGCCACCAACUUGUUAAGAUCCUUGCAAUCUCUCUGUGGAUCUGCCUCAUCGACAAGUUCCAGGUCCCUUCGCGGUGAAGUUGCUGGUAAAUCAGGGCCAAAUGGUAUCGAUGGGGAAAAUUUUGGUAGUGAGAGAUUAAAUAUUCCAAGUAUUUAUGGGGAUAUGAUAGGUGAAAAAACUAAUGCAGCCAUGGAUCCUUCUCCAGAAGCAACUAAUGUAUCAUUUGCUGUUUUAUCUGCUAACCAAAAUGAAAAGAAAGAAGAGAGUGGUGCUGAUGCAAAUUUGGUACAUAGGUUAUCAAAAUAUGAUAUGGACGAUAGUAUAUCCAAAAAACUCAGCCGCAUGGGAGAUUUCGUGGAUGAUGUUGCAUCUGGUGGGCCUACUAAUUGUUUGGGUAAGCAGUUCUCUUUGUUAAAUUUAGAUGAGUACACCAAGGAUGUCGAUGAGACUGAAAUUGACCUGCCAAUCAAUGAUGAUGAAGCUGAAAUGGACUUGGAAAUCUCUGCGCAUGAGAUAUUGGAAUCAUGGAAGGAAAGCAGGAAAAAAAAAUGAGAUUUUCUUUCCCAUCCAUCUUGGCCAGAAGUGAGUGGCACCAUUUUCCUUGCAUUCUCAGAACUCAAAGUCUGGUAUUGCAGAACAGCUUGCCAGCAAAGUUGAGGAUCCUCAAAGCUGAGAGAAUGUAGCAGAAAGAGCUGAAAUAUUAAUGAGAGAGAGUUCCAGGAAGAGGGUCCUAUGGUUCUACCAUCACCUUCAACUUCAAGGAAGGUAUGGUCAACAGACCUAACAAUCAAUGCAAGUGCCCUGGAAUGAGGAAGUCUAGGAAUGCUAGUCUAGCGUACAACAAGCUCCUUCAAUGGAUUUAAGGGGCGAACGAUGUUUCCACUUGAGAGAUUAGAAAGCAAAUGAGUCACUUUGAACUGGAUAAGAAUAUGGUUGACAUCUCUUAGGGAAGGAAGCCAACUCCUUACUUGCUAUUGAUACCCUGCUAUUCAUUUAAAAACAGGUAUUUCCAUGUAUUACCAAAAGUGAAAAGUAGCUAUUUGAAUUUUAGAUUUUUAUUUUUUCAUGUCUCAAUUGC